AUGAACGAAGCAAACAACAAUGGUCUGUACCCGUUGUUUCAUUGCUGUUUUGCGCUAAUAUUGGCAGACUGUGAUUGGGAUCUCGACCUUCACGCCAUCUGGCAAGAGUGCUCUGGCAUACCGACACCGCCUCCUUGUCUCGCUACCGACUUCCAACAUCCUCGUCAGAUCCUCUCGGAUGACAGCGAGCCUGCAGGAUAUGAGACUUCAGGGUCAUCCUCGAUCGAAUGCUUUUUCCAUCCCACUUGCGACAAUCUGUCGGCUUUCAAGUGGACUGGUCCAGAUCCUCUGUCCAUGUCUACUCAGGCUAGCGACUUGUUCCUCCACAUGUCAGCGCUCGCUUUCCCUAAAGGAGUGUUCUGGAUAGAGUUUCGACUAGUCCGAUUUGACUGGAAAUCUGGCGCGACUACAGAAGAGCAUCUGUUCUUCCUGCCCCGAGUUGAGACGGCCACAUGGAAUCUUCGUCGGGUACGUGGACAGUUGCUAGAUGCGAUCUCCUGGCAUGGAUUUGGCGCAACAGGCACUAGCUUCCGACUGUCCCUUUGGCCUCGUAUGAAGCCUCUACAAUACUCAAGUCAAUCCGCACUCUCACGUCGCUUAAACGAUCCACGAUAUAUUAGUUGUCGCUACUUAUAUAUAGGAGACUUUAAAACGCUAUAG